AGCUGGACAGAUUGGGUUGUAUACAAUGCAUGUCUUAAAUAUCAUGCAUGCUGUAGAAUUUGAUACUAAUUUAACUUUAUCUUAAACGCCCGAGGUCAACCAAGUGUUCUGAUAGGGGUGUCCAAACAUGUUUAGCAGUGUGUUGUCCCUGAAUCCUUCUAGCGUCGUGUUCUACUGUAAUUCAAACAUUUUCUGAUAGUCCGUGAAGGCAGCACUCGUUCUGGUCCUCUGCGCAGACUCAGAACACUUCGAUACGAGCAGCAACUUCACCGGGAGCUCUGCGCGCCCCGCCGCACAACAGCCCGCAUCAUCAUCAUCAUCAUCAUCAUCAUCAUCCUCAUCAUCAUCAUCAUCCUCCUCAUCAUCAGCAGCAUCAGUGUGAUGAGGCAGCGGAGGACGAAGACCUUCCUGCUCUGAGACACUGGACCAGCCCGCAGACAGGAUGACUGAGGUGAUGAACUCUCUGGAGCCGGCUACCGAGGAUUUCAGCGGGGGUGGAGCAUCAGCAGAUCAGGAUGCAAUCUUCCCAGAGACCCAUGAAAGGUAUCCAAAGUUGUCCAAGAGGCUUCCCUCCAUCGUGGUGGAGCCGACAGACGCAGCUGAGGUGGAGAGUGGUGAGCUUCGCUGGCCGCCCGAUGAGCCGAGCUCUCCGGACGCUAAAAGUGGGAGAAAGUGCACAGAGGAACAAACUGCAGAUGAACAGCUGAAUGUCGAUGUGGACACGGAGGCUUCCGGGGCCGAGAUGCAGGACUCCAACUGAACAAACCCUCCUCUUGUUGUGAUCCACUGUUACUGUGAGUGUGUCCAGACUUGGAUGAAUGGAAAAGAGUCCAGCAGAAGAGCACAGACAGGUUUCAGGAAAAGAGGGGCCAAGGUAGAAAAAACAGAUUCCCAGACCCCAGAUUGUGGGCUUGGAGCCAGAGUCGUGUUGGCACUUUCUUAAAUAAAUCAUGUACUUGUCUUUGUAGAUGAAAGAGAAUGACCUGAUACAUGUAAACUUAUAAUGAUUGAAGGGACCAAAUUUCUUUAAUGACACUGUUUUCUAGUUUGUACUCGCCUUUUGGUUGUUCUCUUUACAUGAUAAGCUGUCUGUCUGGUAAUAAAAAAAAAAAGCAACUUUAACUCCUGGCAGCAGACACGUUUUCACUGCCACAAUUUAAAGAACACCGACAUUAGACAGAUGCUACUAUGACUGUUGUCACAUUUCCAGCUUUGUGAUUUUGAUAUUUUUAAUUUGCUAAAGGAAAUUUCACCCUUCUGGCUCCAAGCCUCUGCCGUCCAGAUGUCCCUCGAUAACAUUUUGUAAUCUGGACGGUUGUUUCUAAAUGCUGUCUUAAGUAUUUAGCUCAUGUGUGCCAUAUUACUACUACUUCUAAUGGUAGCUACUAUAUUUUGUGCACAGUUUUUACAUUAACUCUAGAUGUAAAUAACAUCACUGUUUGUUGAGUGGUGACUGCUGUAGUUUGGUGAUCUUGGUUCACUCUGUAAUAAUAGCUACGGUGUUUUAAAGAGCAGUAUUUGAUUAAAGAAGCCUUCAACACUUUA